AUGGAUCGUUUUGUACGCGUAGAAUUAACUUCUACUUUAAGACCUGUCUUGAAUGAAGGAGAAACGAUUCUUGCAAUACAAGAUAAUGUUGGACUUUAUGAUGGAAACGAAAAAGCAGCUGGAUAUAUGAAUGGUAAAGUUUAUUUAACUUCACAUAGGAUUGUUUAUGUUGAUUCCGAACAACCAAAUACCAAUUCUAUCGGAGUUGAAAUUAGAUUUAUUAAGGGUAGAGAAUUUUACGAUCUCGCUUCUGUAACGUCCCCACCUGUUUCAUCUCCAUCUAAUACUUCUGAUUCCUCACAACAACAAAUAAAACCAACUACAACUUCACCAUUUAAUGAAACACAAGGUGAUACUGGUAUAGCAUGUCCAAAAUGCACGUUUUUAAAUCAUCCAAGUAUGAUCAUAUGUGAGAUAUGUGACGCCGAUUUAGGAACUGUUAAUCUUGAUGGAUUGAAGAUUAAUGAAGAAAUUUUGGGAAGUAGAGUUGGUGUUAAAAGUAAAGAUGAUUUUAUUAAAUUAGCUUUUCGUAAUGGAGGCGCUGGCACUUUUUAUGAUAAAAUGAAACAAGCAAUGACUAUGAAAGAAUGGGAGAACACGGUAGAAUCUUUUAAAUCUCCUGCAGAUUUUGACCCCGUUCGUGGAGGAAUUAGUGGUAUAAUGCGUAAUGCUGAAGAGCAUAACAAGGAACAAGACGAAUAUCUGAAUCAAGCAUUCAAAGAUUUAGAAUCAUUGAAAACGAUAACAGAAAAAAUGGUUAAUCUUGCUCAAACUAUUAUUAAUGGAUUGAAUAAGGAAUCGGCGGAAUCAGAAGCUUCUGCAGAUGAAGUCUCCACUUUUAGAGCCAAUCUGUUUAAACUUGGUAUUUCAAAUCCCGUAACAAAAGAUGAAGCCGGUUCAAUAUAUCAUAAAGAAUUAGCAAGAGAACUCGCAGAAUUCUUGGAAAAUUCGUUGGAUAAAGAUAACGGAAUGAUGUCUUUGACGGACAUUUAUUGUAUAUUUAAUAGGGCUAGGGGAGUUGCAUUGAUAUCUCCUAACGAUUUAUAUAAAGCUUGUUCUUUAUUUGAACGAUUAAGUUUACCUCUAAGAUUGAGAAAAUACGAAAGUGGGUUAUUGGUUAUUCAUGAUGAUCAAAUAGCACAGCGUAUUUUAGAAUGUAUUCAGUUAAAGGGAUCAUUAAGUGCCAUUGAAUUGGCUUCAAUAGAGCAAAAGAGUGUAGUCUUGGUAAAUGAACAAUUGCAGAUGGUGGAAGCCAAAGGGCUUAUUUGUAGAGACGAAAGUAUCGAGGGAAUUAGAUAUUAUGAUAACUUGAUUAAUAAUUAUGUUUGGGAAAGAUAA